AAUCUCAAGUCUUAAGAAGAAGGAAAAGUGUCUUAGGUUUUGAGUUUGUCGGGUUUGGGUUUUUUUAGCAUGUGUGAAAUCAGAAAUUUGCAUUCCAGUGUAGCCCAAACAAACCACACCAAGACCCACGAAGGUCUUAGUCCAGUUCCAAACAAACUCUCCAGUCGCGAUCUUACCCAACUAUCAAAAUAUACACCUCAUAUUUGAGCAAAACAGCUGUUCGGGUGCAGUUUAACUGAUAUAUUACACAGAUAACGCUAAUUACCACAGCUAUGAAUAAACGCUGAAUCUGCUGCUGCUCCAUUCUAAGUUGUUAACACACUGAACGUGGUAUUGCUUAUAGAUUCCAAAGUCCACACCUGCUUUAUAGCCACACCUAUCUGAUAACUUUUUUACAGCCCCCACAUGAAAAACACUUGACUGCUCUGCUGACAGCUGGAUAAGCUACUGGCCAGUCUUGUUUUCAAGGUAAAGUAAUAUAUGGUCACACUUGCAAGAAGUGUGUGUGCUACGAGGAACAACGUUAGUUAAACCUUAGGGCAUUUUCUUAUUUUUUCAUUCUGACACAAUGGCCAGUCAAAAUGCAGACAUAAAUGAAGCGAUUCUGGCAUCUGGAGAAUCCACUUUAGAAAGAGCAACUGCAAGGGCACAGGAGCAAACAAAUGAACUGUUCAAUAUCUCACUUAACAUCGCUGUAACUGGAGAAACAGGAUCAGGAAAGUCAACUUUUAUCAAUGCGAUCAGAGGUCUGAGUGAUGAUGAUGAAGGUGCUGCUGAAACUGGAGUUACUGAAACCACUAAAGAACCAACUCCUUACAAACAUCCCACAAUGCCAAGAGUGGUACUUUGGGACCUGCCAGGAAUUGGAAGUGCAAAUUUUAAGGCAAAAACAUACCUUAAAGAUGUGAAGAUUGACAAUUAUGAUUUCUUCAUCAUCAUCUCAUCAGAGAGAUUCAGAGAGAAUGAUAAAAUGCUGGCUAAAGAGAUCCAGAAAAGAAAAAAGCUGUUUUACUUCAUCAGAUCAAAGAUCGACAACGACAUCCGAGCAGAAGAAGGAAGAAGAAACUUCAACAGAGAAGAAACACUUUCAAAAAUCAGAAGAUACUGUGAGGAGAAUCUCAAAGAAAUUCAAAAUGCCAGAGUUUUCCUCAUAUCCUCCAAGAAUCUGUCUGAAUAUGAUUUUGAGGCACUGGUCUUCACACUGAUGUCAGAUCUUCCAGAACAGAAACAGAAGGCUCUACUACAGUCUGUACCGGUCAGCUCUCUGGCGAUCCUGGAGAAAAAAGUGAAAAUGUUUGAGAAAGCAGCCUGGGCUGCAGCCUUUCUCUCUGGUGGGAUCGCGGUGGUCCCAGUACCCGGUCUAUCACUGGCAUGUGAUGCCAGUAUUUUAGUGACUUUCUUCACGAGCUGCUACCACUCCUUCGGUCUUGAUGAUAAAUCACUUGAUCGACUCGCAGAGCGAGUAAACAAACCCCAUCUGAAAUCUCUGAUAAAGUCACCUCUUGUUCUGGGUCUGGCUUCAGAUUCAGCCAUGAGACUGCAGAUGUCUGCUUUAGCUGGACAAUCAGUGGUGGAGUAUCUGUGUAGUUUAGUGCCUGGUGUAGGCAGUGCAGCAGCAUCACUGAUGUCUUUUGGUUUCACAUAUUACCUUCUACAAAAGGGACUGAAAGAGCUGGCAGACACGACUCGAGCUGUGCUGAGAGAGGCUGGAUUACAGUGAGGAGAAUGCAGUACGGAUUACAAGGACACUUUCCUUCGUGGAGUGUCAAGUUUGUGUCCCUGUAUCAAAGACGCCACUAUUUGAGUAUAAGGUUGUAAAUGUAGGCAAUGACAAGAAAGGGUUAAACAUGGGCCUCAGCUGUGUUUUACACUGCACAUAGGGCCUUUGAUGGCUUGUGACCAUCCAUCUUCCUCUUGAUUACAUUCCGGGGGUUUUCAAUUGAGUUCAGGACUGCGGAUUUACCAUUAACUUAUUAGACUGUCAGUCAGCAGCUGUAUCAAGUGACCUACAAAAAGAAUGGCAAAUGGCAGCUGAGGUGAAGUGCAAGGAAAGAAACAGGAUCCUACAACAGCAUUCAAUUUAUGUAAAACUAAACAAAAAAUAAUUUCAUUAGUGAGAAGCAAAAAAGAGCCAUUCUGGAGUUUACGAAAGACCACAAAGAUUGGACCUCACUGGAGGACUAGAGUAAAAUCAUCUUCUCUAAUGAGUCAAAUUUUCAGCUUUGCCCAACACCUCAUAAAAAAAGCAUACAAGCCACAGUGUCUUGCACCAACUGUUAAAUUGGAUGGAGAAUCGGUGCAGAUUUGUCUGUGUGAAGGAUGCAUGAAUCAAGCAACAUACAAGGUAAUCAGAACUUGAUUCCUUCUGCUCUGGCAAUGUAAUGUUCCCCAACUCUGAGGACACAGCUAGGUCAAUCAAAGUGUGGAUGAAGGACCACAGUGGAUCUCCAGAUCUGAACCCCUUUGAAAACCUCUGGAAUGUAAUCAAAAAAAUAAUGGAUGGAUGGAUGGAUGCUUGAAUUUUUGCACCAGGACUGGUAUAAGGUCACCCAAAAGCAGUGUGAAAGACUGUUGGGGAGCAUGAGAAGACAAAUGAAAGCUGUGAUUAAAAAUCAGGGUAAUUCCACCAAAUAUUGAUUUUUGUACAUAGUUUGUUGUGUCUAAAUGAAUAUGAAUUGAUUCCUUUGCAUUAUUUGAGGUCUGAAAGCACUGCAUCUUUUUCCUUAUUUUGACAAUUUCUCAUUUUCUGCAAAUAAAUGCGCUACAUGACAAUAUUUUUAUUUGGAGUUUGGUAUAAAUGUUGUCAGUAAUUUAUAGGAUAAAAAUGUUUACAUAUAACUUUUAAUAAGACAAUCAGAGAUAUAUGUGUGUGUUUGUGUGUGUGUGUGUGUGUGUGUGUACAUUUAUGUCUUUUCUGUUCUGUUCUGCACCCUCUCUGGCACCUGACUCCUCCCUAAACCCCUACUGAUUAUAUGUAAAAUGUAGAAAUAUCUACAAUGUUGUAAAUAAGAAAUGCAUAAUAAAGGUCUGAUUGUCCUCCA